AUGAUGAUAAGUAUUGCUUUGAUCUGGGGAGUAGUGGUUGGAUUUUGUUGCCUGUUGUGGCUUGCUCUGGGGAUAAGACGCAGGCAAGCUGGUGAGCCUGUCAUUGAAAAUGGUUUUAUUCCCUACCUGGGCUGUGCUUUGCAAUUUGGGGCAAACCCUCUUCAGUUCCUUCGCAGCCGGCAGAAGAUGUAUGGUCAUAUUUUCACCUGCAAGAUAGCAGGCCAAUACAUUCACUUCCUGUGUGACCCCUUCUCCUACCACUCAGUCAUCAGACAAGGAAGACACCUUGAUUGGACAAAAUUUCAUUUUGCUACAUCUGUUAAGGCAUUUGGUCAUGACAGCUUUGACCCUCGUCAUGGUUACACCACAGAAAACCUUCACCAAACCUUUCUGAAGACGCUGCAGGGGGAAGCUCUGCCCUCCCUGAUAGAAACUAUGAUGGGCCACUUGCAAGAUGUCAUGCUUACGUCAGACAGACUUAGUCCAAGUGAAGAUGAGUGGCAGGUGGACGGGAUCUUUGCCUUCUGCUACAAGGUCAUGUUUGAAGCUGGCUACUUGACUCUGUUUGGUAAAGAGCUUGGAGAAGACAAAUGUCACAUCAGACAGGCUGCACAGAAAGCGUUGGUCCUCAACACUUUGGAAAACUUCAAGGAGUUUGACAAGAUAUUUCCUGCUCUUGUAGCUGGCUUGCCCAUCCAUGUUUUCAAGAGUGCCUACAGUGCCAGAGAGAACCUAGCAAAGACGAUGCAUGCAGAAAACCUGUCCAAGAGGCACAACAUGUCUGACUUGAUCUCUAUGAGGAUGAUACUGAAUGACUCCUUAUCUACAUUCAAUGAUGUGAGCAAAGCUAGAACCCAUGUUGCCCUGCUUUGGGCUUCACAGGCUAACACACUGCCUGCUACAUUCUGGAGUCUAUUUUAUAUGAUUAGGAGCCCAGAUGCUCUGAAAGCAGCUCAAAAAGAAGUCCGGAAAGUUCUGAGGGAUUCAGGUUUGACAAUGGACCAUGAUGAGCCAAACAUGCUAAACCUGAGCAGAGACCAGUUAGACAACAUGCCUGUGUUGGACAGCAUCAUGAAAGAAGCCAUGCGGCUUUCCAGUGCCUCUUUGAAUAUUCGGGUUGCCAAAGAGGAUUUCCUGCUUCACCUUGACAACCAAGAAGCUUACCGUAUUAGGAAAGAUGAUGUCAUAGCCCUGUAUCCACCCAUGGUGCAUUAUGAUCCAGAAAUCUAUGAAGAUCCUUAUGAGUACAAGUUUGACCGUUUCCUGGAUGAGAAAGGUCAGGAGAAAACCACGUUUUAUCGCAAUGGGCGGCGGCUGCGUUACUUCUACAUGCCCUUUGGCUCGGGGGUCACAAAAUGCCCUGGAAGAUUUUUUGCUGUGUAUGAGAUCAAGCAGUUUCUAACUCUGAUGCUGUCCUGCUUUGACAUGGAAUUAUUAGACCCUGCUAUCAGAGUUCCUCCUCUAGACCAGUCCCGUGCCGGUCUGGGAAUUCUCCAACCUACAUAUGAUGUGGACUUCAGAUAUAAGAGGAAGGAGAACCACUAAACCCAGUGCUUGCCGUGCUGAUUGACUGAAUUAUUUACUGUAGAUAAUGUAAAUUUUACAGUACAAUAGGACAUCUGUGUGUAAAUAGACUAAAUUAUUUUUCAAUGUCCUGUUUUUUUUUUUUUUUUAUAAAAUCAGGUUGUAGAAAAUAGGCUGUAUGGGAUCAUUAGAAAUGAUCACAUAUUUCCAGAUCUUUACUGGCAUUCUGUCAUAUUCAGUACUUCUCAGAGCCAUGUACACUAAAUAGUUAUAAACAGUACUUACAAACUCAACUCACCAUGAACUUUAAAUGUGCAGGUUAAUAAAAAUCUAAAGAAAUAAUAAAGGCACAUUAGCAAAAUCACAAAUAAGUAUUAAUUAAAAUUUGAUUACAUUUA